AUGUGUCCCUUCUCUAUCAAGGUGGCAUUGAAGGCCUCCGCCCUGUACGCGGCGCUCUUCGGCUGGCUCGCACGCGGGGAAACCGCGAGGAUGGCAACGUCCGUCCAGCUUUUCAGGAAGAGCAUCAAAGUAAAGAAGAGCACGAAGACCGUCGGCACAGCUGCACAGGAGGCCAUCAAGACAGUCGGUGCAGCUGCACAGGAGACGGAGAAAGUCCGGAAGGAACAUACUCGGAGCAGCUUCAACACCGCAGCCAACGCGACCGCCGAGGAAAGCCAGUCCGACCUCCGGGGAUAUAAGCACGAGCGGACCGCUUCCCAGUUCGAUCUCAGGGGGCACCGCCGCAAGAGGAGGGGGAGAAGGGGCGCCAUCACUCACAAGAUGGCCUACUUCGGCAACGUCGCGAUCGGCACCCCUCCCCAGACAUUCCAGGUCGUGUUCGACUCUGGCAGUGGAAACCUGGUGUUGCCCGACUCAGACUGCAACAGCGAGGCGUGCGUCGCCCACAAGCGCUACGAGCAACGCGCAUCGACGAACGGGCGUCGCACAUCCUGCGCUUCCACAACGGCUCCGGGCCUCGUGGAUGGCGCUGGGCCCUCCCCGGCGGACGACGUGGCCAUCACCUUCGGCACUGGGCAGGUAUGGGGCAAGUGCAUCGACGACCAGGUGUGCCUCGACGCCGUCUGCUACCCGGGCUCGUUCAUUGCCGCAACCUUCGAGACCAAAGCUCCGUUCAUGACCUUCGACUUUGAUGGGAUACUCGGGCUGUCCCUGCCCGAGAUGUCGCACGCUUCGAAAUUCAAUGUGAUGGAGAGGCUGAAGGUGACCCAGCUGCUCCACCAGACUAUAUACGCAGUGUUCCUGUCCUCCUCCGAUUCGGAGGUGUCCCAGAUCACCUUCGGUAGCGUCAACAGCGACAACAUGGCGUCGGAUCUGCACUGGGUGCCAGUCUCCCGGCCUACUGGUUACUGGGAGGUGAGGAUUUCGGAUAUCACCAUCGACAACCACCCUCAGGAGAUAUGCCAAAAUUGCUACGUUGCGGUAGACACAGGGACGUCAGAGUUGGCAGGGCCAUCCGAGGUCAUCGGGGAAUUGGCCGAUAGGCUGCAAGUAAUGACCGACUGCUCGAACUUCGAUCAGCUGCCGAGGCUCGGGUUCCUUGUCAAUGACCAGAUCCUGAACCUUGAACCGAAUGAGUACGUCGAUCAGACCACGGACGGCUGCGAGGUCUCCUUGAUGCCCCUUGACGUGCCUCCGCCUAAGGGCCCGCUCUUCGUGUUCGGGAUUCCUUUCAUGGAGAAGUUCUAUACGGUCUACGACAACGUGAACAGGCAGGUCGGCUUCGCGGUGGCCAGGCACGCGGGCGACGGCCCCGAGCACGCGGCGCUGAGCAUGACGCAGCUGGACGCCUCGGUGAUGAAGAACUCGAGCUCGAGCAGGUGGAACCCCUGGAGGCACCGCGGGAAGCAGGGCAGGCACCUCCUGCGAAGGUUGCACCAACCCAUACCUUACAUAUUUGCGUUUCAUAUUCAUGUGAUGACACAGCCGUCGAGCAAGAUGACGAUGACGGCCUCUGCUCUGUACGUGAUGUUCUUCGCUUGGCUCGCACGCGGAGAAGCCAUGAAGGUGGCGACGUCGGUGCAGCUUUUCAGGAAGACCAUCAAGGAGCAGAAGAAGAGCAUCAAGACCGUCGGCACAGCUGCACAGGAGACCACCAAGACCGUUGGUGCAGCAGCACAGGAGAUGGAGAAGGUAUGGAAAGAACACGCUCACAGCAGCUUCAACACAGCAACCAACGCGACCGCGGAGGAGGGCCAGUUCGAGCUCCGGGAUUACAAGCGCGAGAGGACCGCUGCCCAGUUCGACCUCAGGGGUCACCGCCGCAAGAGGAGGGUGAGAAGGGGCGCCAUAGCCCACAAGAUGGCCUACUUCGGCAACGUCGAGGUCGGCACGCCUCCCCAAUCGUUCCAGGUCGUGUUCGACUCCGGCAGCGGAAACCUGGUGCUGCCCGCGUCGGAUUGCAGCAGCGAGGCGUGCGUCGCCCACAAGCGCUACGACCAGCGGGCAUCCACGAGCGCGCGCCGCGCAUCCUGUGCUUCCACGGAGGCUCCGGGCUUGGUUGAUGGAGCAGGGCCCACCUCGGCGGACGACGUGUCCAUCACCUUCGGCACUGGGCAGAUCUGGGGCAAGUGCAUCGAUGAGCAGGUCUGCCUUGGCGCAGUCUGCUACCCCGGCUCCUUCAUCGCCGCAACCUACGAGUCCAAUGCUCCGUUCAUAUCCUUUGAUUUUGACGGGGUAUUGGGGCUGUCUUUGCCUGCGAUGUCGCACGCUACAAAGUUCAACAUGAUGGAGAGGUUAAAGGUGACACAGCUGCUCCACCAGACAAUAUACUCUGUCUUCUUGUCUGCCUCCGAUUCGGAGGUCUCCGAAAUCACAUUCGGUAGCAUCAACAGCGACAACAUGGCGUCUGACCUCCAUUGGGUGCCCGUUUCCCGCAAUACGGGCUAUUGGGAAGUGAUGAUCACGGACAUCACUAUCGACAACCACCCGCAGGAGAUAUGUCAAAAAUGUUACGUGGCCGUGGACACAGGGACGUCCGAAUUGGCAGGGCCGUCCGAUGUCAUCGGGGAAUUGGCCAAUAGGCUGCAAGUAAUGACCGACUGCUCGAACUUCGAUCAGCUGCCGAGGCUCGGCUUCGUUGUCAAUGACCAGAUCCUGAACCUCGAGCCGAAAGAGUAUGUCGAUCAGACGACGGAUGGCUGCGAGGUCUCCCUGAUGCCCCUCGACGUGCCCCCGCCCAAGGGACCGCUCUUCGUCUUCGGGAUUCCAUUCAUGGAGAAGUUCUAUACGGUCUACGACAACGUGAACAGGCAGGUCGGCUUCGCGGUGGCCAGGCACCCCGGCGAUGGCCCGGAGCAUGCGGCGCUGAGCAUGACGCAGUUGGGCGCCUCGGUGCGGAACUCGAGCUCGAGCAGGUGGAGCCCCUGGCGGCGUCGGGGCCCCCAGAGCGGCAACCUGCGCAAGUGA